CGGAAUUCAGUCGUGGCAAUGGUCAUAUGACAUCAAGAUGGCGGACCCUAGCAGUACAGCGCCAGUGCGUCCAGCUUCAAGUCAGCCAAGUUCAGCAACAACAACAGAUACUUCUGCGAUCUACUAUGACAUUUCACCAACCAUUGUGUUUCUGGUCCGAAUGUUCAAUGUCAUCGUGCUGCUCAUGGUUGGGAUUGCGUUUAUCCUGUGCCUUAUACAAGCAAACACAACCAAUAAGUCCUACUAUCUGUUGGCCUGCAAUACUGUCAUCAGCAGUUUUGUUGGAGUCGUAGUGAAUUGGUGGUAUCGAAAUGGAGACUUAGGCGUAGAGAAGUACUGGUACAUUGUCUUGGUGGGCGUGGUCAUUCUUAUACAGACCAUUACAACAGACAUCUACGUGUUCCGUCCCGAACCUGCCGACAUGUCUGGGCUGUCCACAGCUAAACCAGUUGUCAACGGAACAACGCGUGCCUAUACAUGGACAUGAUCAAGCAUAUGACCUUGGGAGCCUGAAGUAUUGGACCUACAUCUGUGUGAUAUGUUGCCUUGCCACUGCAUGAGAAGUCCGCAGCUGCUUGACUGUGGAAUAUGACGAGUUCAUAACAAGAGACGUGCUAUACAUGCAACAUACAUGAUGAAACAACAUAAAGCAAUAUUUUAUUAAACGUCAAGUUAUUAUGUAUAGCAAACUACAUGACAUGACUUAUAUGCAUGUGUCGUAAAACAAUAUGAGGCAAAUCUUUGAUAGGUAUUGAGACAUUGGUAGUUUACAGAGGCUCAAGGUGAAGGGAUUCCCCCUGAUGAAGGUGUAAGGAGGAGCCUUGAGAGGAAUACAAAAGUGGAAAUCUAGAAGUCUUGUGUCUAGGAAUAUGGAACAGUAUAUCACAAAACAACAUGAAGUUGCCAAACUCACAUUUUCUCCUGUUGGUUCAUUGAAACAGUUUGUUUAUUUGCUCUGGUAUGUUGUGUGUAGCAUUAGGUGGAAUGGUUAAUUAAUACUUGGUAUGUACAUGUCUGUGAAUAACUUUGUUCAUUCCUAUGAUCAUAUUAGAAAGUGUGAUGUUAUGAAAUAUAUUACCCUGCAAACUAUGAAAGAAAUCUACUUUUAUAACUAAGUAUCUAAAUGAAUCUUCUGUUGCACUAACAUAUCGCAACCACUCAUCCAAGUUUCUGCAGAUGCUCAUUCUAAGUACAUUCCAAUUUCUUGUUGUGUGGUGGUGCAUCUGCCUCCCUUGUGCAUGUACAGUCACUAUGGGACAGAAGGUUGCCCAGCAUCAAGUGCUGGGUGGUAUAACUAUGAAAAAUACUCAAUACAGCUCAUUAAAUAUACUGUUAGUUGGGGGAGGUGGGGUAGCCUAGUGGUUAAAACGUUCACUCAUUACACCGAAGGCUAGGUUCGAUUCUCCACAUGGAUAAAAGUAUGAAGCUCAUUUCUGGGGUCCCCCGUCAUGAUAUUCUGGAAUAUUGCUAAAAGCGGCGUAAAAUCAAACUCGCUCAAUCUCUACUGUUAGUGAGAACCUAGGAGGCUCAGUGGACAUUGUUUCCCUGGUAACACUAGGUACAAUCAUAGCGAGUGAGUGAGUAAGGCAGCUUUCAAUAGUAUUUCAGUUAUUUCAGAGAGUCAAUUUUAUACAGGAGGGAAAACCUGUGAGAUAUGUCUGUGCAUUUUGUUGAACCCACAAGCACAUGUGCCAUGAAUGAUAAUCAGGGUGAAUGUGGGUUCGAACCUUGCGAUUCUGUUGAGCCUAAAGGACACAGUACAUCGGUUUGUGAUGGCUUGGACAACAGGCCACCUGUGCCUGGUCUUAAGACACCAUCAUAUCCCCUGAAUAGUUUGAUGCUAUAGAGGCUGACUAUGACUUUUUCUUGAUAUUUUCUCAAAACAUUAACUUCUCCACUUACAUGUUAUAUUGCCCAUGAGGUUAGAAAGAUCAAUUAAAUGUUGGCAAUUGCUUUUAAGAGAAUCUCACUAAAGUUCAAUUAAAGCUCUUUGACAGAACAAUUCAACAUGACAUCAUCCAUUUUUAGCGACUUCACAAAUGGAUAAUAUUAUGUCAUCUGAAUAAUAAGUUAAUUUCAGCAAAGUAAAUGUUGAUUAUGUUUCGUUUCUUGAAAUGAGAAUGAGUAAGAUAGAUUAUCUUGUGAAUGGUUGAUGUGCAUGUAAGUUCCUCCAUAAAGGGUCUGAGCUUUCACUACGGGACAGAUAAUCUGUAAGUCCUAGUACAUGUAGCUAGGUUAUUCCCUGAAUAAUUCAGUUGGCAAAUAUAGUUUGAUUUGUACAUAGUCCAUGGCAUGAACUCACGAGGUAAUACUACCAGUGUGGUUGAUGUGGAAUAAUAUAGAACUUCAAAGAAUUUUAUUGGUUAUUGUGGCAAUUGAUCAGCUGAAUAUUUGGUGCUUCAUAUUUUGUUGUUUGUUGACCUGUUUUCAUGUGUAUUAUUUGAAGUAAACAAUAUAUUUGUAA